GUCCCCGGACGUGUUGGUCAUCUAUCGAACAACAAUUAUACAUCUUCUACAACUCUCUUUCUCCUCCGCAAUAAAACUAGCCAUGGCGGAACCAGUCCUCAAGCGUAGGAGGCUGUCACCCACCUCAGUGGUUUCUGGAGAAGAAGAAACCUUGCGAAGAUCGCCUACGCGUGCUUCGUUUCAAUCUCCCACGAAAGCAAGCCUUGCACGAUUCAACCCCUCGCUAUUACCUCGCCCAAGGUCUGCGGGACGAUUAUCCUUACCGCAAAAUCUUGACGAUACUUUCAGGAAUCCACCUGAUGACAAGUCGGAAGACCCAGUCAAAUCGCAAUCAGCAGUCGAGGGUGCUGCGGCGCAUGAUCGUCGCGCGACUGACGCAGCUGCUUAUUUGCGGACCAUUGCUGAAGAAACGAUUCGGCUCAGGGGUGGUGCUACCUCGUCUCCUGAUUCAUCUGUCCCUAGCCCACAGGUAUAUGGACCUGCGGAGCAUCAGCAGUCUGUGGACUCGGGCGAAUAUGCGCCUGCAACGCCCAGUGCGAAUUUGAACAAAUCUGGCAAAGGCAAGGAGCCCCUCCGAAACAAACCUCUGGGUAUGAGACUCAGCAGAUCUCCCAGGAGACAGCUGGCUCCUGUUUCAACGGAACCGCAGGUAAUGAAUCAGCUGCCUCAGAGACGGAGGUCCAGGACAGCGGAGCGUGCAGUAGAGGGUGAGGGAUCUCCCACUCGGACGAAUAUAGCAACAGAUUCAAAUCAUUCCUCUGAAUUAAGUGCUCUAGCGCAGGAGACCGAACGUCUCCAGCGGAAGAUAAAACACCUACAAGACCAACUUCAAACAUAUCGGCACCAUGUUGUCGAAUAUAGCUCACUUGGCGAUCAUGAUUUCAUCGAAAAUGGGGACCUGGAGAAUCUAGCUGAAUUGAUCAAUGAGAACGCACCGCCAGAUCCCGGCUAUCAGGAGCAUGGAUUCGCAGGACCGCCUCUAUCCCUCCUUCUAACGUCUUUCCUCCCAUUGUCACAUAUCGCUGUUCAACAACAGACUCCGCCCCAAACGCCCAAAAAAUUGAAGAAUCACCUUCCUGUCGAGCCAGAUGACCCUUUACUGUAUUUGAGGCUAUUUACAUCCCUAACCCCUAUCUCAACUCUAAGCAUCUCAUCCGCUGAGCGUACAGUCGUAGAUGCUGAUCAGUUCUACCCGAAACACGCAAUAAAAAUUACUGGCCCUCGUAACUACUUCACGGCUAACGUGGACUUGGUGCUAGACGCACCCCAGCGUCGUGUCGACAGCAUUUCUGUCACACACAUCUCCCCCUGGGCAGAUAUCGAGCUGGGCAUGUACAUCCGCCAUAAAGCUCUGGAUUGCGACGCAGGCACACUCUUCUGGGCGAUGAAUUCCUACUGGGAAUUGGCAUUGAAGCGCGCAAAGGUCUGGGCUCAAUGCCAGACCGCUCACCCAGACCUUAUACCCGAGAACAGACACAGGUUCUCCAAAGCGGACCGGCCGGAGAAGAGGAAACGAGCCAUAAAGACAGGAUCUCCGGAUGAUGACGAGGAUAUCGAGGGGUACUCUAGUGAGCGGAGCAUAUCGGAGGGCAAGUUUGACUUUGAGGACUUGCAGCGCAAUCUUGGGGAAACUGAAAUGGUAUUCCAGAGUGAGGAGGUCCGUAUGUGCAUUACCUGGGUCAUCAAUUUUGACUGGACCGGGGAGGCACAGUCGGAUGUCCAGCUGCAGACUGCAGUUCCGGAUUCGUGGGCCGAGCAAGAUGAGAGGAAAGGGCUCAGUCUGGUUGACGAAAUAUUCGAUAGACUUGUACAGGAGAAGGGUGUGAUAAAGGCAGUAGACAUUGUGGUACAAUUGUUGUUUGAUUAGAUCAUUUCUACAUACUAUGAAAUGAGGAUAUCAGCAAUCUACUAAGAAGCCAGCAUGUUUUCGUGAUAUUGGUGCAGUACUAAUGUUGAUGGGCGUAGCAGGGCC